CUUCAUUCUUUAUCCAUGCACACUCCAUCUCAUCCAUUAUUUGGCCUAUAAAUAGAUGGCUUUGAUUGUUAAUAUGGUGUGCCAACUCUCAAUCUCUCUUUCUCUUAACUAUCCAAAACCUUCUCCAGUCGAUAUAUCAACUUUAUUUCCUGAUGGCGAGUUCUGUCUCAAUGGCUGUUCCCGAAGUUGUGCCUUACGAUUUCGGCCGACACCUCACCCGACACGACUUCCCCACGGGCUUUCUCUUCGGUGGGGCCACCUCUGCUUAUCAGGUGGAAGGAGCUUAUAAUGUGGGAGGCAGGGGAAUGACUAAUUGGGAUGCUUGGAGUCUUAUGAAGCCUGGUAAAGUGUUGGAUGGCGGCAACGGAUGUCGUGCUAUUGAUCACUAUCAUAACAUCAAGGAAGAUGUGAAACUGAUGAAAGACAUGGGGAUAGAGACAUACAGGUUUUCGAUUUCAUGGACCAGAAUUUUGCCAGGUGGACAAUUGAGCACCGGUGUAAACAAGGAAGGCGUCAAGUUCUACAAUGACAUGAUUGACUUAUUAAUUGAAGCAGGAAUUGAGCCGGUUGCUACUAUCUUUCACUUCGAUACUCCCCGAAGCUUGCAGGACGAGUACAAAGGCUUCUUGGAUCGCAGGAUAGUGCAUGACUUUGGCAAUUAUGCGGAAGUGUGUUUCCGCGAAUUUGGCGACCGAGUCAAAUUCUGGGUAACGGUAAACGAGCCGAGCACAUACACUGUCCUUGGAUAUGUGAACGGCACAUUUCCCCCAGGCCACGGCUCACCACCGAGCGAACUUGGACUAAGAUUUGUCAACUACAGAAACGUGCGUGGUAUCGACCCAACUCUCUAUGGUGGAAAUGCCGCAACCGAGCCUUACAUCGUGGCCCACCAUUUGAUCCUCUGUCACGCUAAGGCCGUCGAUAUUUAUCGCAAAAAGUUUCAGGCGGUCCAAGGAGGCAAGAUAGGCAUUGUGGUUGUACCUAACAGUUGGUACUUUCCCUACUCUGAGAAAAAGGAAGAUAAAGAAGCUGCUGUAAGAGCUGUUGAAUUUUUGCUGGGAUGGUUUGUCCAGCCAUUAGUGAGCGGCGAGUAUCCGGACAGCAUGCAAACGCGCGUGAAAGAGCGGCUGCCUAAGUUUACGGAAAAGGAGAGGAUGAAGGUAAAAGGGUCCUAUGAUUAUAUUGGGCUCAAUUAUUACACCACAAUAUAUGCAGCUUACAAGAAAAAGCAGCCUGGUGACCCAACAAACUACUACACAGACCAGGAAGUCGAAUUUCACACUAGUAAAAAUGGAAUUCCAAUUGGCCCUCAGGCAGGUUCAGAUUGGUUGUACAUUGUGCCUCGUGGAAUAUACGAACUUCUUACUUACGCAAAGAGACAAUAUAACGAUCCUAUCAUUUACAUCACCGAGAAUGGGGUGGAUGAAAAGAACAAGCAGCAGCUUGGUCCAGAUAAGACUGAAAGUGAAGGGAAAAAAGAUAAAGUACUGCCAAUUUCCCUCCUUCUGAAGGACGACUACAGAAUUAAGUACCAUCAGCAACAUCUUGCAUACGUUAAGCGUGCUAUAGAUAAAGAUAAGGUGAAUGUGAAGGGAUAUGCUGUGUGGUCCAUAUUUGACAAUUAUGAAUGGGCCGCGGGAUACACAGUACGAUUUGGCAUGUACUUUGUGGACUACUUAAAUGGGCUUACUAGGUACCCAAAGAAGUCCGUGUUUUGGUACAUGAAUUUCCUCAACAAAAAGAAGCUUCCGGGCCCUCGUGAUAGGGAGAUGAUGGAAGUCGAGGAAGUCGAGGAAGAGGAGAAGGCGGGAAAAAGGAAACAAAAUCGAACAAAAUCAACACAGGAGCUUUGGGAAAUUUUCGCCAUUAAUGAUGUUCUUAGCUCAAAGCUUAAGCUACACGAUGAUCCAAAAAGAGUGCGAGUUCAACUGAAAAUGAAAAUAGAAGCAGAAAAUAAAACUCCAAAGCCACGCAUGUCUUCUUGCAUGAUCAAGGUGGCCUCCACGCUCGUCUACGUCAACAUGCGUGCGCCUACAUGUCAACACUCUCCCCUCAAGCAGGAAUGUGGAGGAAGAGGAGUGGACCAGAUCUUCAUGUAG